AUGACAACAGCGCAGAACAGAUCGCCUCGUUUCAAUGAGCUAUUCGAUAUGGAGAUCACGGGCUUUGUGGUGUUUUUAGCUUCCACUGACAGAGCCGAUAUAAAUUCCGAAGUGAAGCGCAGGGGAGAUACUAAUAUAUAUACGCGGUUUUUGCGGCGUGGGACCGAGGAAAGCGAUGCGUUCACUCGGAAAAUCAAGGAGGCUAUAGGCGAAGGCACUAGGCUUGUGUAUCUAUCUCGUCCUACGGUAUCUGUCUUUCGGGAUCUUUCGAACAUCGACGAAGCCAGAGAUUUAACGAAAGAGGAAACGCGGGAAAACCAACUAGUUAAGCGGAAGCUACGGCCGAACGAAAUCCUUUUCGUGAAAGGAUCGGUCAGAAUAGAGAUAGAGGUUCCUACUAGAGGCUCCUUUGUCUAG